AUGGCCCCGACUAUCGUACAGUGGAUCCUGGAUACUCGGCACCUGUAUCCAGAGGCCACUGAAACGAAGCACCUUGAGCAAGCAGCAUCUCGGGCGCUCGCUCUCCUCAGCGCCGAAGAGCGCAAAGCCGUGCUGAAAUACUACCAUGUUCGCGACGCGAAGCUGUCUUUGGGCUCACACCUCCUGAAACGUUAUGCCAUCUCCCGUUUCUGCGGCGUCCCCUGGCCAUCGGCUACUGCCGUACGCAACGACCACACUAAACCCGUCUUCCGCACCGCCGAGGGCUCUGAACCUCUGAGCUUCAACGUGAGCCACCAAGCCGGUCUCGUUGCUCUUAUUGCUGUCCACGGUUACGACUCCUCCAACGGGCCCGUUGACGUUGGUGUCGAUGUCGUUUGUACCUCGGAGCGCCGCGCGAGGGAUCACGGCAUGCUUAGGAGCGAGGGGUGGCCGCACUUCGUUGACGUCCAUGCUGACGUGCUGUCGCCAGCUGAGGCGAGCUUCCUUAAGUGGCAGGUCCUCUUAGCGAUCCCUCCGGGCCUGAAGCCGGGCGCCUCGGCAGAGGAUGGGGCAGACUUCAAGCUACGGUGCUUUUAUGCAUUAUGGUGUCUGAGAGAAGCUUACGUCAAGAUGACCGGAGAAGCCCUCCUCGCGCCCUGGCUGGCGGACUUGCAGUUCAAGAAAUUCAGGCCGCCGCUCCCAGCGGAGAAGUUUGAGGACGAUGGCGACGCGGUCACGGAGCAUGAGAUCAUUUUCAAGGGGGCCAGAGUCGACGACGUGAAUGUGUGCCUCAGAUCAUUGGGCCCCGAUUACAUGACCUGCACCGUAGUGCGCACUCCCCAGCGUAAAGAGGAUGGGCUGGCUUUCGAGAUGGUGCCAUUUACGAUGCUUUCUUUAGACGAAGUCUUGGAUUUUGGAGAAUCUCAUUCGUAA